UUUUUUUUUUUUGUGGUCCUCUCAAUAAUUUAGAUAUUGGAGAAGGAAAGCUUUUUUUUCCUUUAUGUGUUUGAUAGGUUUGAGAUAGUGUUUGGUUACAUUAGAUUUAAAUUGGAAAACUUAUUUUAUAUUGAUGAUCAUUUAACGAUUAUACAUGAGCCCUAAUUCCUAUCAAGGCAAAGGAGAUUAUAGAUUAGGAAAGGAUCAGGAAAGUCAGUUGAUAAUGGAAUUAUUAAUACCCACCCCACGUACGCUAUUAGGGACUCGAUUCUAAGCCAGAUAUGAUCAUAAAAUGAACAUUCAGCAAAGAUUAGUAUUGAAGAAAGAUCCAAAACAGAUACAAAAUCCACUGUAUAAUGGAGGGAUAUUCAAAGAUCAAGCUCCACCUACCCAGAUCAGAAUUAGUGAUUUUUCAGAUGGUUUUAUACACCAGCUUUGAUACUGCACAAUCCCACUCAAGGCAUCAAUUAUUGUUUUUCCAGUUGAGUGAUCAUUUCUUGAUUGCACUUUCCGAGUAUACUCAUCAAAGGCCAAGCUUCACACAUCAUGCCAUUAUGCAAACAUUGAUGCUGUGCACUGUAUAAGCUAUCAGGAAACAUUUUUCCAAACAUCAUUUUUUGAGUUCUAUAAUGUGGGAUGCUCCCUGAGGUGUGUGCAAUUUCGGUGCAAGGCAGUUUGGGUCAAGAUACAUGGUGCAGAUUCAACUCCAGUAACUGCAAGCCUAAUGGCAGAUAAUAAUUCCACAUAUGAUUGUGUGGGGACUGUUUUGCCAGAAUGGAUGCUGGUCAUUUCUCAAUGGAGGAUUCAUUCUUGAUACCCUUCAAGUUUAUCAAUACUAUACUUUCUGAUAAACUCAAAACCUUGUUAUAUGAAUAGUUAAUUGUCUGGAUUAGUAUGACUCUAAUGUUGGGUUGUCCUAACAUUAAACAAUCAUGUAAAAUGUUGAUACCUCUGUUACUUUAUUAGAGACAUUGUUUUCUGUUUUUGUUUUGGUUACGCAGGGAACUCCUGACAAAAGUAUCAACAUUACAAUUGCAAGUGCUUCAUUACAAUCAUUUACUGAGCAGCAAUGGAGAACAAAUCAGCAAGACAUAACUAACACUGCAAGUACUGGUAUCACCUGAUGUUUUCAUGGGCUAACAUGAUUUGUUUUUCUAAUCCUAGUCUGCCGAAAAUUUGUAAUGCCAAAACCUCAGAAAUAGUUUCAGAUGAAAGAUGCAAUUCAGCUUAAGGAAGCGUGCUGUGAAAAUACAUGUGUCAGAUAGUCAUGGAGAGUUGCAAGGAGCAUACAUUACGAUAGAACAAAUCUCAAAAGAUUUCCCAUUUGGAUCAGCAAUAGCAAGUACCAUUCUUGGAAAUUUACCCUACCAGAACUGGUUUGUUGAGAGAUUCAAUGCAGCAGUCUUUGAAAACGAACUUAAGUGGUGUGCGACAACCGAACAAGUGAAAGUCAACUAUACCAUAGCAGACCAAAUGCUGGAACUCGUUCGAGCCAACCAAAUAAUUGCUAGAGGCCAUAAUAUUUUCUGGGAAGACCCCAGAUACAAUCUGGCAUGGGAUCGUAAUCUUUCAGAUUCUGCAAUAAAAUCAGCAGUCAACUCACGGAUUCAAAGCCUAAUGAGCAAAUACAAAGAAGAUUUUAUACACUGGGAUGUUAGCAACGAAACGUUACACUUUGAUUUUUAAAGGAUUGAUCAUGAUGCCACCUUACAUUUCAAUCAGACAGCACACGAAGCAGACCCCUUUGCAACAUUUUUUUUUUUGAAUGAAUUUAAUAAUGUGCUGGAAACUUGUACUGAUGUGAAGGCAACAGUUGAUAUCUACAUUUCAAAGAUACGAGAACUUGAACGCGGAGGAGCAUCAAUAAAUGGAAUUGGCCUAGAGAGUCACUUUUCUAUGCCAAAUCUUCCUCUAAUGUAA